AUGAAGGUAACCACAGUGCCAAUGCUUCUGACCCUGGCUCUUUGCCUCAUACAAGAUGCUGCCACUGAGGAUGCAAAUCAGGGCACAUGCAGUGAAUUUCAGGCAUUCAUAAGAAAUGGAAAACUGUUCUGUCCCCAAGAUAAACUUUUUAAAAGUCCUGAUGGAAUGACAUUUAUCAACAAAUGUGUCACAUGCAAAGCAAUAUUAGAAAAAGAAGCAAAAUUCCAGAAAAAGAAUUUACCAAGAGCCACUAGGGCUACUGCCCCAGCAAAGCUGAAUUGUGAUGAGCUCAAGAAAGGAGAAAAAGAUGGGGAGCUUAUCUGUACUGGUGAUGUUGCUGCCGUCUGUGGCACAGAUGGGAAAACCUAUCGCAGCAGAUGUGAGCUCUGUGCCGAGAAUGUGAAAACUGGGUCCCAUGUUGACAUAAAAAGUGAGGGAGAAUGUGAGAAAAGUAGUCCAGAAGAGGAUAUAUGCAGUGCUUUUCGACCCUUUGUGAAAGAUGGAAGGCUCGGAUGCACAAGGGAAAAUGAUCCUGUUCUUGGCCCUGAUGGGAGGACACAUGGCAAUAAGUGUGCCAUGUGUGCUGAGCUCUUUUUAAAGGAAGCUGAAGAAAAUGCCAAACGAGAAGGUGGAAACAGAAUUCAGAGAGACACUGAAAAUGAACUUUGCAAGGAAUUUGAAAGUCAAGUGAGGAGUGGAAGACUUUUUUGUACCCGGGAGAGUGACCCAGUCCGUGGCCCUGACGGCAGGAUGCAUGGCAACAAAUGUGCCUUGUGUGCUGAAAUAUUCAUGAGGCGUUUUUCAGAAGAAAAGAAUAAAGCAGAUCAAAACCUGAGAAAGGCUGAAGAAAAAAUUAAAGCUAAAAGAGAAGUUGAGAAACUUUGCAGUGAAUAUCAGGAUCGGGCAAAAAAUGGAAUACUCUUCUGUACCAGAGAAAAUGACCCUGUUAGGGGUCCAGAUGGGAAAAUGCAUGGCAACAUGUGCUCCAUGUGUCAAGCUUUCUUCCGAGCAGAAGCUGAAGAAAGGAAAAAGGCUAAAUCCCAAGCAAGAAACAAAAGAGGAUCUGAAAAAACACCUUCAUAUGCAGAGCUUUGUCAUGAAUACCGACAGGUUCUGAGGAAUGGAAAACUCCCUUGCACCAGAGAAAAUGACCCCAUCCAGGGCCCAGAUGGGAAAAUGCAUGGGAACACCUGCUCCAUGUGUGCGGCCUUCUUCCAAGCUGAAGAAGAAGAAAAGAAAAAGAAGGACAGUGAAUCAAGAAACAAAAGACAAUCUGAAAAUAAAGUUUCCUUUGAGAAGCUAUGUAGUGGAUAUCGCAAUUCAAGGAAGAAUGGACAACUUCUUUGCACAAGAGAGAAUGACCCCAUCCAGGGCCCAGAUGGGAAAAUGCACGGCAACACCUGCUCCAUGUGUGAGGCCUUCUUUAAACAGGAAGAUAAAGCAAGAGCAAAGGCUAAAAGAGAAGCUGCGAAGGAGUCCUGCACUGAAUUCCGGGACCAAUCACGAGAUGGAAUGCUCAUAUGCACCAGAGAGAAUGAUCCUGUUCUUGGCCCUGAUGGCAAAAUGCAUGCAAACAAGUGUGCCAUGUGUGCAAGUGUAUUCCAACUUGAAGAAGAAGAGAAGAAAAAUAAUACUAAAGAAGAAAAGGAGAAAGUUGAGAGUGAAAAGGUUAAGAGAGAAGCAGUACAGGAGCUCUGCCGUGAGUACCGUCAGCAUGUGAGAAAUGGCCGACUCUCCUGUACCAGAGAAAAUGACCCUAUUGAGGGUCUAGAUGGGAAAAUCCAUGGCAAUACCUGCUCCAUGUGUGAGGCCUUCUUCUUGCAGGAAGCAAAAGAAAAAGAAGCUGAAUCCAGAGCAAAAGCUAAAAGAGAAGCUGAAAAGGAUACAUGCAGUGAAUUUAGGAGUCUUUUACAAAAUGGAAAUCUUUACUGCACACGAGAAAAUGACCCUGUCCGUGGCCCAGAUGGGAAGACCCAUGGCAACAAGUGUGCCAUGUGUAAGGCAGUCUUCCAGAGAGAAGAUGAAGAAAGAAAGAGAAAAGAAGAGGAAAAUCAGAGAAAUGCUGUGGGGCAUAGGCCUAAUGGUGGAGGAGGGAAAACUGAGGAUCCAUGUGCUGAGUUUCGGGAAAUUAUGAAAAAUGGAAAACUCAGCUGUACUCGGGAGAGUGACCCUGUACGUGGUGCUGACGGGAAGUCAUACAACAAUAAAUGUGCCAUGUGUAAAGAAUUACUGCAAAGAGAAAUUGAAGAAAAAGAAAAUAAUUCUGGCUUAAGAUCAAAUGGGACUGGACCCAGAAAGGAUGUGUGUGAUCAGUUUAGAAGCCAAAUGAAAAAUGGACAACUUAUCUGCACUCGAGAAAGUGACCCUGUCCGAGGUCCAGAUGGCAAGACACAUGGCAAUAAGUGUUCUAUGUGUAAGGAAAAACUGGAAAGGGAAGCAGCUGAAAAGAAAAAGAAAGAGGAAGAAGGCAAGAGAAACAGAGAAGGAAAGGGCAAUGACAAAGAGGAUCAGUGCCAUGAGUUCCGGAGCAAGCAGAAGGAUGGAAAGCUGAUCUGCACGAGAGAAAAUGACCCUGUUCGAGGCCCAUAUGGCAAGAUGCACCUCAACAAGUGUGCCAUGUGUCAAAGCAUCUUUGAGAGAGAAGCUAGUGAAAGAAAAAAGAAUGAUGAAGAAAAGUCAAGUUCCAAGCCCUCAAAUGAUGCAAAGGAUGAAUGCGGUGACUUUCGAAAGUACAUAAGGAACGAUGAGCUCCGCUGUACACGAGAGAACGACCCCGUGCGUGGUGCUGAUGGAAAGCUCUAUAAAAACGAGUGCUACAAGUGCAGAGCUGUCUUUCAAAAAGAAGCUUUGGAAAGGGCAAAACUUCGAGAAAAACCAUCUCACAUUAGAGCUGCUGAGGAGAUAGUCAGCCCAGAUUCCCCCAAUUCUUCUCUGGAUUCUGAGAUAUGCAAACAGUACCGAAUAUUGCCCAGGAUGGGUUAUAUUUGCUCAAAGAAUUUCGAGCCUGUCUGUGGUGAUGAUGGCCAGACAUAUAGAAAUCCCUGCAUGCUUUGUCAUGAAAACCUGAUGCGUCAAACCAAUAUACACAUACGUCAUAAAGGGAGUUGUGAGGAGAACAGUACUCCAGAAACAGUACCUGCUGGCCUGCUUGCAUCUGUGAGUACACUGAUCUUCAUAGUUAUGGUGUUAGAAAUCAAAGUUUGUGGAGUUGAUAUGGGCACUAAAAUGGAUGUUGCAGUUAGGAACAACUGUGCUACUCAUACUCCAGAUGGUGCUAGCUGA